AUGGCGCUCGCACCUCUCGCCGCCGUUGACGUCGUCCCGAGCUUCGUGCAGAGCUUGCACUCAAUGCUCCAACUCGAAGACGCAACCAUUAUCCGGUGGACCCCCGACGGCCAUGCAUUUGAGAUCCUGGACCAACGCUUGCUCGCCGCACGCAUUCUGCACCGGUACUUUCGCCAUACCAAGUACGCAUCGUUCCAGCGCCAGCUCAAUUACUUUGGGUUUCGCAAGUGGCCCAAGCAAAAGGCGGCGAUAUGUACGUACAGCCAGCUCCACUUUUCAAGGGACAACCCCGCGGACCUCCACCGCAUCAAGCGACGGGUCAAAGCUGGAGCGAACGAGCCCAUACACACGGCGACGGCCGCCGUCGACGACGACACACGGAUCCCCGUUUCCGUGAGCACAUCGACACAAGGCACCCUCGCGACAUGCAUUCCCCUGCUCAAGCAUAUCUCGACAAUGGCGAGUUCACACACCAUGAUGCCUGAACCUGAUGGAAUGAGCAGUUCUGGGCACGGCCUUGUCAACGCCGAACCACUACAGGAACAUGCAAGUCCCCAGAUGUUGCCUCUGUCAAGUCCAUGCAUGGACGAAGCGCCCAUGUCGUGGCAUAGCGCGUUGUGGAGCUCCACAUGGCUAUCGGACUUUGACCCUCAAGAAGUCGAGCGAGGAAUGGGCGACGUUCGUCUGUGGCUGGACAGUUUAUAA